CAGGGGAGGCGAGAGAAAAAACGUGACGUCGGAUAAACAAACAGGGGAGAGGAGAGACGGGGGCGGCGAGCCUGGGCAUAUUCGCGCAUUUCUCGUGGCAUUCCUCGAAUAAUGCAGUCUUCCAAGAGGAGCGAGAGCGACUGGCAGGGGCUCGUCAGCGAGUUCCUGGUGUGUAAGCGCAAGCUGGAGAGUAAGAAAGAGGCCCUGCUCAUCCUGUCCAAGGAGCUAGAUACGUGUCAGCAGGAGAGGGACCAGUACAAGCUGAUGGCCAACCAGCUCCGAGAGCGCCACCAGGGCCUCAAGAAGAAGUACAGGGAACUCAUUGAUGGCGACCCCUCUUUGCCUCCGGAAAAACGCAAUCAAGUGAACCUGGCUCAGCUGCUGAGGGACUCGAGGGAACGAGCGAAACAGCUCGCUGAGGAGGUGAAGGAGCUCACUCAGAGGCUUACGGAGGCCCAGGGAGAUAAUAAGCUCUUACGGAUGACCAUUACUCGACAGAGGUUGGGGGAUGAAGAGGUGGGGGUCCGUCACUUCCCCGCCCACGAACGCGAGGACCUGGUUUGCCAGCUGGAGAGAGCCGGGCUACAGAUGGAGGAGAUGGAGCACAACAUUAAGGCCCUGGCAGACGAGCUGCAGGACGUGAAGUCGGAGCGCACGGUGUUCAUGGAGAAGGCCGACCGGCUCAAUGUGGAGCUCAACCACAUUCUGGGGAACCACGAGGCGCGCAUCAUCGACGUGGACGCCCUCUGCAUGGAGAACAGGUAUCUGCAAGAGCGUUUUGGCCAAGUACAAGAGGAGGUGAACCUGCUCAAGUCCAACAUCAUGAAGUACAAGACGGCCCUGGAGAGGAGGAAAAACUCCAGCGCGUACGGGAAAUCGAACAGCAGUCCCCUCACCGGAGUCCUCUCGGCCAAACAAGUGCAGGAGAUGCUCCUGGAGGAGCAGGGCUGCAGCCUGCCCGCCACGCCUCAGUCCAUCUCCGACCUCAAGUCGCUGGCCACCGCUUUGCUGGAGACCAUCCACGAGAAGAACCUGGUCAUCCAGCACCAGAGGCACACCAACAGGAUCUUGGGAAACAGAGUUGCCGACUUGGAACGGAAGCUGAAGACUUUGGAGGUGUCCGGUUUGUGGAGUCUUCCAGGCUUGACCUACCACGUAUCAGUGGGAAUUGGGAGGACGCACGACAGCAUCCCGCCGAAUGAGCACCUGCAGCCGGAGCUCCGUCCGACGCCUGCCACGUCGCAGGCCAGAGUGCAGCCGCCCAAAGCACUGUCAGGCGACAGAAGUUCACAUGAAUCAUCUUGGGAACGCCACGCCGCCGCCGGUGACCUUGGCACAGAUGGCAUCAGCAGGGAAGACACACCUGCACUGCUCGACAGCCUGGAGCCCCUCGAGGGGAUGGAGACGAAUGGGAUUGACAGGGGAAGGGUUGAAUUGGUGACCCUGACGGAUCCGGGCGCCGCGAAGCCAGAGGAGGGGCGGAGUCCGGUGGAAGAGGCGGGGCGCGAGGUGGAAGGAGCUGAGGAUGAAGACCUGGGUUCCACGGUGGAGGAAGGGGAAGAGGCCGUUCUGGCCCUGGACGCCACACCCACCGAGUCAGACCUUCAGUGGCUGUCACUUGAACAAGCCUCUGUCAAUCAUUCAGAGGUGGGUCGUCAGCCCUGUGAACCCGAGGGCAGCGGGUCUGACAAUGUGCACGAACUCAAAGAGGUAUCAAGUCCAAAGAGCGAGUCUGAAGAGGUGACGAAUAAAGGCGAGUGGGACAUUCACUGUCUGUCUGCGCACAGUCAUAGUAACAACUUGGCGUGAUCAAACAUCACUGCUGAAUGAUUGGAGAAAUUUAUCUAAAGGCCUUGUCCGGAUUGCAUUAAUCACGCCUAGUUGCAUUCCUGUUGCGUAGCCGCUGCUCACUAGCUCCCUUCUCCACCGAGCAGCUCUGUUUUAGUCAAUAAAAUGGAGAGAAAACACUUUUUCAGACACCAUUGACAAAGCCUGAGGUGCACUUUGUAUCUAGACAGCCUUGUUGCCGCGCAACAGAAAAUCUUGAAAUCAAUGGAGUUGCAAACGUCAUGCCCUACAGGAAGAAUUUAGAUAGGAAAAUAACAAAUAUGGCAACAUCAACUCCCGUGCCCCAUAUUCCCUUCUGUCUUUCCCUUGCGAUAAGAUUAUCCCAAUUGUUUGCUUUCUUCUUCUUCUUCCUAGGAAAUGCCAAUAAACUUGAAUGCUGCAUUUUGUUGUGAUGCUCAUAGGGACUCCACAUUGACGUACCAGAACUUGUAACGAACGUGAGGUGCACACUUGUAAAUAUCAAUCUAAAUGUAAUAUUACAGAUUAUAUUGAUGUCUAUUCACUGAAUGUAAGGGUGAAGCCUAGCAAUCAGUCACUUUUUAUUUAUCCUUAUUUAAAAGUUGAUAUUUGGAUGAGACUAUAUGUGCCUUACAUGUGGAAAUACUGAUAUUUAUUAAUAUAAAAGCAUAAACCAGCA